AGUAACAGAGCAGUCGUCAAUGUUAUUAUAAAAAUGUCCGAUAAGAACACGUGUUGAAUAUGAUAAGUUAUUGUGUAAAUAUUAGUGAUAAUAUCAACGGAAAGAAGCUUCAAUUGUGAAAAGUGUGUUAGAUUAGGUUACCGUUGUGUAUCGUCGAAUAUAGUUCGUAAUUUAUAACAAAAUAAUUUUAAUAUGAAACAAUAACACUUUUUUUUAAAUAACAUUUCAAUACUUCCUGUGUCUUGAAAUCGCGUUCGUUUUUCAAAAUUUAAUAAGUAUUUCAUAAAGUUGUUUAUGGUAGCGUCGUGAAUGUUUUGAUUUUUAAAUUUUAAAUUUCGAAUCACAAAAAUGGAGGCAACUACAGCAAAAGCGAUCGCCAUGUUGACAUUGGGAUUCGGGAGUUUUGCGACUGGAAUGAUACCAGCUUGCUUCACAGAGAAUGCGCGGCAAAAACACCCGCUCUCCAUAUCAUGUUUACUCUGUUUUGGGGCGGGUGUACUUCUGGCGACGUCGAUGGUCCAUAUGCUCCCUGAAGCGCGGGAAGACCUGCCCGAUUUAUCGGAGUUGAUGUUGUGCAUUGGCUUCUUUCUAGUGUAUUUUGUAGAUGAGAUUGUUCAUUUGUUUUACCGAGCCGGCAAUGAACAUCAUGGACAUGACGAAACUCAUUAUCAGGGACGAUAUGGGAGUAGUGAGGUGACGGGAUUAUUGAGUUCGAACAGGAAUGCGAGAACUGAGGAUGGGGAGAUGGGGAGAUGUUGUGGGGAUACUGGCAACCCCAGGAUGUGUCACGUGAGCCACACACCCCCGUGUAAUAGGAGUUUUUCGGGGGUAAUUGGACUGUUGUGUGCAUUGUUUGUACACAGUUUUCUGGAGGGAUUGGCGAUUGGUCUGCAAGAAACGUCUACUCAGGUCCUAUUAAUCCUUGGUGCUGUGUGCGCACAUAAAUUCGUAGUGGGCUUUUGUCUGGGCGCUGAAAUUUGUGCGAGCGCACCGGGACGUUUGUGCGCACAUAUAGUCAGCGUGUCCCUGUUCAGCGGUGGCUCGGUUGCAGGCAUCGCUGCCGGAGCUGGUUUGGAAACUGUUCGCGCUAUCCAGGACUCAAUAGCUGUGCCUGUUAUGCAGGCAUUAGCUGCGGGUACGUUACUGUACGUGACAGUAAGUGAGGUGCUGCCCCGCGAGAGGGCGCGCUGGCACGAACGCAAACGCAGCGCUGGAGUCGCCCAGUUCAUAGCUGUCGGAGUCGGGUUUACAGUCAUGUACUUUUCAAUGAAAUACUUUGACAAUGACGGAUAAUGUAAGGAGAUAUUACAUUAAGUAAUUAUAUAUUAAUAUAGGAUAUGACUACAAUAAUUAUUACGACAAUAAAACAAA